CGUUGUCAAGUAGACUGUACAACAGGCUGGGCUGCUCGCUGACUAACCCGAUCUCGUUAGUUCACAAGGGUUUCGGUUGAAGUUAGUUACCGUUGGCAGUGCACUGACCUGACAGGCACACCUUCUCCCUCUCUUAUCUAAGAGGGCGUGUCCGAAACGAGUCUAGUAAGCGAGGAAUCACCUGAGCUCAUUACAAGCAGCAACGCACAGGUGUCAAAAUGGGCAAAGCAGCAGGACGCUGGGACUUUGAAUGGGUGUAUAAUGAACAACCGCACACGUGGAGAAGAAAAGAAAUAUUGGCUAAGUAUCCUGAAAUCAAGUCUUUGAUGGGUCAUGACCCACAGCUGAAAUGGGUGGUGUCAGGAAUGGUACUCACUCAGCUCCUGGCGUGCUACAUGGUCCAUGAGCUCUCCUGGAAGUGGGUGUUGUUUUGGGCAUAUGCGUUUGGUGGUUGCAUCAACCACUCUUUGACCUUAGCCAUCCAUGACAUUUCUCACAAUGUGGCCUUCGGCACAAAGAGGGCACGCUGGAACCGCUGGUUUGCCAUGUUUGCCAAUCUCCCCAUUGGCCUGCCAUAUUCCGCAUCCUUCAAGAAGUACCACAUCGACCACCAUCGCUAUCUGGGUGGAGAUGGCUUGGAUGUGGAUAUUCCUACUGACCUCGAGGGCUGGUUCUUCUGCACUCCGGCCAGGAAGGUGCUCUGGCUGUUCCUCCAGCCUUUGUUCUAUGCGCUCCGGCCACUGAUCGUCAACCCAAAGCCCGUGACCAGGUUGGAGAUGCUGAAUGCAGCUGUACAGUUUGUGGUAGACAUCAUCAUCUACUAUUUUUGGGGUCUGAAGCCCAUAGUCUAUCUCAUCUCUGGCUCUAUACUGUGCAUGGGCCUGCAUCCAAUCUCUGGACACUUCAUUGCUGAGCACUACAUGUUUACGAAAGGUCAUGAAACGUACUCUUAUUACGGCCCACUCAACUUGAUAACCUUCAAUGUGGGAUACCAUAUGGAGCAUCACGACUUUCCCAGCAUUCCUGGAAGCAAAUUACCUGAGGUAAAGAGGAUUGCUGCAGAGUACUAUGACUCACUCCCUCAACACACGUCCUGGAUGCGAGUUCUGUGGGACUUUGUAUUUGAUGACUCCAUUGGCCCCUACGCCCGAAUUAAGAGACAAUACACACUUGGCAAAAAGGAAUAAACUAGGUGUAAGACUACUAAUCUAACCAAACAUGCUACUGGGUAUAUACACAAUAUAUUACACAAAUCUGCAAAUGAGACAUAAUUGCUAUUUGCAGGCUCUUAUUUGGGACUUAUUCUAAUCCAUUCACAGUCGCUGCAUUUCAUUGCAUCGCAACAUCCUUACAAUAUCCAAAGAAUAAUUUCACACUAUCGUGUUACAGUACAUGAUCUACUAUUUGGGUGUAUUAAAGCACUUCUCAAAAUAUGUGCAUACACUCAUUCAUUCCUAAAACGUGAAACUUGAUGUGCAUCUUAUCAAAUAUAUGUACCAGGCCAUUGCAGUUUUUGUUUGUAUUGUCAUUUAUCACCACUCUGUUCUCUCAAUUACUGCGUCUCAAGAAAAGAAGAGCCGAGAUGGAAUGGCGGACUUUAAAAAAUGCCUUUAUAUCAGUGAGGCUUUUUUGAAAACAGAAUAUUCAAUUUUGUGCGCUUUUGUGACAAAGUUCAUACUUUACGUUCUGUCGUUUGCACUGUGACAGUUUAACACUGAACAUUAUUGUGAUGUUGUUGUAGAAUAUGUUUGUUUAGCUUAACUAUUUCAAUAAAUCUCUUUCUUACAGCCUUACUCUGAAAGACAGCAGAUUUCACAGGGGAGCAGAACUGUCUGUUUUAAUAUCUAAUGAAAAUAUGAGUAUUAUUAUUCAUAUUUAAAAAAAAAAUUGAACGAAACGAGACUUUAUAAAAGGGGGAAAAGCUUUUAAACUUUUAAUUACAUCAAUCUCACACUCUUACCACGUGUUUAAUUCUCAUUUCUGUGAAACAUUAACAUCAACUUAAAAUCAGGAUCAACCCAAUUAAACCAAGAUACAUUGUACGUUCAAACAAUUCAUUCAAUACUUUAUGCCACUUCCAAUAAUUGCUCACAUUUUCGUGUGUGUAUAUACUUCAAUAUUUCCAUGUCCAUCUCUUAAACUCAUCGAAAGAGUAUUUAUAACCUUAUUUAUUCAUACCAAUGUAAAACACAAUUCAAGUGAACUUCAGCAAAAAGGAAAAGAAAAAGUUGCUGGUCGUUCAGCACAAACGUGUCCAGCUUGUACUUAAAACCAAAGGAUAAGAGGGGUAAUAUAAAAUAUAAAA